AUGACUUCCUCUUCUGGAAGGGAAUCCUACUUCAACUUGAACUCCACCUGGUAUGACCCUGCAGGUUCCUGGCUGGACACUCGGCGCACCCCCUUCACCUAUGCUUAUAGCACCUGCUGCUGCAGUGGUGGCAGGCCAAGGGAAGCCCAUGAUUACCGAUGCUAUGGGUAUCGACGAUCGGGCUGUGCUGAGAAUUGCCAUGGGUCGUCGGGGUCGUGCCACGGCAGUGGAGGCCACGGCUGUGUUAGGAGGCCAUCGUACUUCCAUGGAUCCUCCGGAGGAUGCCAUGGGCGGUGUGUCUGUUCUGAGCCGUCAUGCCACGGUUCUGGAUCGUCAUGCCACGCCGGGCCCCAGCGUGUUGCUAGAGGGGCUGUUGCGUUGAAGGUGCCAGAGUUCGGGCAGUCACUGAAGGAUGCAGAGAGCCUCUACGUGGUCUACGGUUACCCAAGCUACAGAAAGAUGUGCUCCCGCCAGGAGAAAGACCAGUGCCACAAACAAGACCGCUGCCACAGCAGUGGGUCCUCUUGCCAUGGGAGCGGAGGAUCCUCUUGCCAUGGUGGAGGAUCAUCUUGUCACAGCGGAGGGUCUUCUUGCCAUAGUAGUGGAGGUUCAUCUUGUCAUGGUGGAGAAUCAUCUUGCCACAGCGGAGGGUCUUGCCAUGGGAAACCACAGCAGCAGCAGCAGAAGGUCUGCAAGGUGCCCUGCCAGAAGCUGAAGUAA